GCAGAGGGGGAGAGAGAGCUCUGCCAUCCUUUUGGACUUCACGCGCUGCCCAAUGUUGGGCUGGUUACCCCUGGAUAUGUUGCUGGUUUCCAUUUGGAAUUUGACGAAGGGAAGGAGGAGGAUAUAAAACCUGGGGAGCUCGGCAAGGCGUUGUUUAUGGCCACAGGAGGGAGCUCAAAUCCAGACAUGGGAGGAUCGGCUUGAUUUCGGAUCCAGAGCCUCUUAAACUCUGCUUUUCCUCUAAGCUGGUCCCUGUUAUGUCCAGGAUCUGGCACCUGCUUGACAUUUACUUUGAGUUCCAGAGGACCCGAGACCUAGGAUGAGGAGCAUUGGAUCCGCCCUGAACCUGCUUUUGGUAUCUCCACUCUACUUUGUGUGGACCGUGGUCGCUCUGGACCUGGCACAAACUCCCUGCACCACUUUGGUCCAAGGGAAAUUCUUUGGGUAUUUCUCUUCCUUCGCCGUCUUCCCGUUGAACUCCUCCCUGUGCUCUUGGAUUAUCCAGAACCCCGACCCUCGCAGGUACACUUUGUACAUGAAGAUCCUCAAGCCCUCCGGCGUAUGUGACCACCAGCACAUCCGCACCUACCAGUUCGACUCCUUCCUGGAGUCCACCCGCACCUACCUGGGCAUGGAGAGCUUCGAUGAUGUGCUGAAGCUCUGUGAUGGCUCCACCCGCUUUGCCUUCCUCCAGUCCAACAAACAAUUCCUGCAGAUGAAGCAGACGGCCCCGCCGGGUGUGGACACCUGGCCCAUGAGGUGGAAGCCCACCAAGGCUCAGGAGAGGGACUUCUCCGUGGAGUAUCUGGUGGUGGGCAACAGGAACCCCAGCAAAGCCGCCUGCCAGAUGCUCUGCAAGUGGCUGGACGCCUGCCUGGCCAUCAGCAGCAGCUCCCACCCGUGUGGCAUCAUGCAGACCCCGUGCUCCUGCUCGGGAGGGGAGGUCCUGGAUCAGGCCAGCGAGAUCCUGGGGUUCACCAGGAAGAAGGAGGAUUGCUACAAGGAUGGGAUUUACCUGGAGAACUGCGUGAGCAGCCCCAAGGACAGCAACGGAGCAGAGUUCCUGGGUGGUUGGAACUCCUGGUCGGCUUGGGGCGACUGCACCAAGGACUGCGGGGGCGGCCUGCAGACCCGCAUGCGCUCCUGCAAGCCGCUUCCCAACGAGGGCCUGGCCUGCGAGGGAGUGCUGGAGGAAGGACGGCUGUGCAAUAGGAAGGCUUGCAAUACCAAUGGACGCUAUAAUUCCAGAAGCCAAUCGCUGAGGUCCACAGAUAACAGAAAGCGAGAGGACCCUGACGAACUGCAGCACUACGGGUACCCUGCACCUCAAAUAGGUGACCCUGCAGCAGAGGAGUGGUCCCCGUGGAGCGUGUGCUCAACCACCUGCGGGGAGGGCUGGCAGACCAGGACCAGGUUCUGCGUUUCGUCUUCCUACAGCACCCAGUGCAGCGGCCCUCUCCGGGAGCAGAGACAGUGCAACAACUCUGCCGUGUGCCCAGUGCACGGCACCUGGGACGAGUGGUCUCCAUGGAGCCUGUGCUCUUCCACCUGUGGGAGAGGCUACAGGGAUCGGACCCGCACCUGCAAACCCCCCCAGUUCGGUGGGAACCCCUGCGAGGGCCCAGAGAAGCAAACCAAGUUCUGCAACAUCGCUCUCUGCCCAGGCCACUCAGUGGACGGCAACUGGAACGAGUGGUCGAGCUGGAGCUCGUGCUCCGCUUCCUGCUCCAACGGGACCCAGCAGCGGACGCGGGAGUGCAACGGGCCCUCCUACGGCGGAGCCGAGUGCCAGGGACACUGGGUGGAGACCCGCGACUGCUUCCUGCGCCAGUGCCCAGUGGAUGGGAAGUGGCAGGCCUGGGGAGUGUGGGGCAGCUGCACUGCCACAUGUGGAGGUGGCACUCAGAGACGUGACCGGGUGUGCUACGGCCCCUUCUUCGGUGGGGAGACUUGCCAGGGUCCCAAGGAGGAGUACAAGCAGUGCAAUGACAGAAAAUGUCCUGAGCCCCAUGAAAUCUGUGAUGAGGAGAGUCUUGGCCCCGUGGUUUGGAAGGAGACGCCAGCCGGGGACGCUGCCGCCGUCCGGUGUCCCCGCAAUGCCACUGGGCUGAUCCUUCGAAGAUGCAUCUUAGAUGAAGAAGGCAUUGCUUACUGGGAGCCUCCAACAUACAUCAAGUGUGUUUCUAUUGAUUACAGGAACAUACAGAUGAUGACCAGGGAGCACCUUGCCAAAGCUCAGCGUGGGUUGAUGGGAGAUGGGCUGUCAGAUGUGCUCCAGAACCUUGUGGAAAUCUCCCAGGAUGGGACCAGCUACAGUGGGGACCUGCUGUCCACCAUGGAUGUACUCAGGAACAUGACAGAGAUCUUCCGUAGGGCUUAUCACAGCCCGACUUCUGGGGAUGUGCAGAACUUCGUCCAGAUCCUCAGCAACAUUUUGUCAGAGGAAAACCGGGAAAAAUGGGAGGAAGCUCAGCUGAUAGGGCCAAAUGCCAAGGAGCUGUUCAGGCUCGUGGAGGAUUUCAUUGAUGUCAUCGGCUUCCGCAUGAAAGAUUUCCGGGAUUCCUACCAAGUCACGGACAAUCUGGUCCUUGGUAUUCACAAACUGCCUGCAAACGCAGCAACUGACAUCACCUUCCCCAUGAAAGGCUGGAGGGGAAUGGUGGACUGGGCCAAGAACUCAGAGGACAAGGUCACUGUCUCCAAGAGCAUCCUGUCUUCAGGGCUUUCAGUGUCAGACGACUCCUCUGUCUUCGUGGUUGGGACCGUGCUCUACCGGAACGUGGGCAACAUCCUCUCCCUGCAGAGGAACAGCACUGUUCUGAACUCCAAAGUCAUCUCUGUGACUGUGAAGCCAUUCCCUCGGUCUCUCCUCACCCCUCUGGAAAUCGAAUUCUCCCACCUGUACAAUGGAACCACCAACCAGACCUGCAUCCUGUGGGAUGAAAAUGAUGGCAGAGCCUCCGCCUCCGCCUCUCCGCCCGGCGCCUGGUCCUGGCGCGGCUGCCGAACGGUCCCGCUCGACGCCUCCCGGACCAAGUGCCUGUGUGACCGGCUCUCCGCCUUCGCCAUCUUAGCCCAGCUCAGCCCCGACAUGAACAUGGAAAAGGUGCUGGUCCCUUCUGUCACGUUAAUUGUAGGCUGUGGAGUAUCCUCGCUGACACUUUUGCUGUUGAUUAUCAUUUAUGUCUCUGUUUGGAGGUACAUCCGCUCGGAGCGCUCUGUCAUCCUCAUCAACUUCUGCCUCUCCAUCAUCUCCUCCAACGCCCUCAUCCUCAUCGGACAGACCCAGACCCGGAAUAAGGUGAUCUGCACGCUGGUGGCGGCUUUCUUGCACUUCUUCUUCCUCUCCUCUUUCUGCUGGGUGCUGACCGAGGCCUGGCAGUCCUACAUGGCCGUGACGGGCCGGUUACGGAACCGCAUCAUCCGCAAGCGCUUCUUGUGUCUCGGAUGGGGGCUCCCUGCCUUGGUGGUUGCCAUUUCCGUGGGAUUUACUAAAGCCAAGGGAUACGGCACCGUGAACUACUGCUGGCUGUCAUUAGAGGGAGGACUCCUCUAUGCCUUCGUGGGACCGGCGGCUGCUGUCGUUUUGGUGAACAUGGUUAUUGGCAUUCUGGUUUUUAACAAACUUGUAUCCAAAGAUGGAAUAACAGAUAAGAAACUGAAGGAACGGGCAGGUCAGAUGGCAGUGCCCCUUUACGGCAUGACGCUCAAAUGUUCCAAGUGUGGAGUAGUUUCUUCUGCUGAAGUUUCGGCCACAGCCACCAGUAACGCCAUGGCAUCCCUCUGGAGCUCCUGCGUGGUGCUGCCCCUGCUGGCUCUCACCUGGAUGUCUGCAGUCCUGGCCAUCACCGACCGGCGCUCGGCGCUUUUCCAGAUCCUUUUCGCCGUCUUCGACUCCUUGGAGGGAUUUGUCAUCGUCAUGGUCCACUGCAUCCUCAGGCGGGAGGUCCAGGAUGCUGUGAAGUGCCGGGUUGUGGAUCGUCAGGAGGAAGGGAAUGGAGACUCAGGGGGGUCGUUUCAGAACGGACAUGCUCAGCUCAUGACCGAUUUUGAGAAGGACGUGGACAUGGCUUGUAGAUCAGGUGAGCACAUCACAGUGCUGAACAAAGACAUCACCACAUGCAGAACCUCGACCAUCACGGGGACCCUGAAGCGCCCGUCGCUGCCCGAUGAGGAGAAACUGAAACUCAACCACCAGAAAGGCUCAUCCAACUUCAACAGUCUUCCAGCCAACGUCUCCAAGAUGCACCUUCAGGGCUCCCCACACUACCUGGGGGCCAUCAACCUGAACGAGUUCAGCAACCACUCCCUAACCCUGAAGAAGGACAAGAACCAGCCGCCGAAAUCCAUCUACAUCUGCGACGGGGACAUCUUCAAGAAGUUGGACUCGGAGCUCUCGCGGGCGCAGGAGCAGACCCUGGACACCAGCUACGUGAUCCUGCCCACCAACACGUCCACCUUGAGGGCCAAACCCAAAGAUGAGAGCAAAUACAGCAUCAACAUCGACCAGAUGCCUCAGACACGGCUCAUCCACCUCAGCAUGGCCACCGACCCCGGCUUCGUGGUCAAGAGUCCCCCGCGGGAGCCGGUGACCAUGGCGUGCAGUGAGGCGCAGGGUUCCUCCAUGAUCCAGCAGCAGCAGCAGCUGGCUCCACAGAACAUCUCCAACGAGUCACAGAUUCCCAACAGCCUGUGUGACACAGGUGACUCAGGGAACUCAGGUGUGGUGUCCAAGAGCGAGACCGUCUCCACCCUCUCCAUGAGCUCCUUGGAGAGGCGGAAAUCCCGGUAUGCAGAGUUAGAUUUUGAGAAAAUCAUGCACACAAGGAAACGUCACCAAGACAUGUUCCAGGACCUGAACAGAAAACUCCAGCACGCAGAGAAGGAGAAGGAGUCUCCAACAACGGACAGCAAGCAAGAAAAACAGCAGACACCAAACAAGAGACCCUGGGAAGGCAUCAGGAAAGUCCAGUCCCCGCCAUCAUGGGUUAAAAAGGACAUCGAACCUGUGGCACAGUCUCCCCUAGAACUAAAAACUGUAGAGUGGGAGAAAACAGGGGCCACCAUCCCCUUGGUGGGACAAGACAUUAUUGACCUUCAGACAGAGGUCUGAGCAGCAAGGGAAGAAAAAGGACUUUUUUUUUUCCGGAAAACAAACGAAACAAACAAAACAAAACCACGUUUUAAAGAAAUGAUUAAAUUAAAUCGGAACCGAGUGAGAGAAGUGUUUGGUUUCUUUUGAAACCUUUGGUAAGAUGGAGUAACUUUUGUAUUGUUCUCAGCAGAGAGGGGGAAUAUUACUUUAUAGAGUAUAGUAGCUGUAGGUUCAGGACAACACGAGCUUUCCCAGGCAGGACUGGAGGAGUGAGCCUGGAAGAGAGUGAGGAGGAAGAGGAGGAAGAGGAGGAGGGUGCAGGGGACAAGCCCUGCCAAGAUGCUCUUGGGUCUCUGCAGCACACCAGGAGCCCUCCUGCUCUGCCACAGGGAGGUGUGGAAGGAUGCCCAGCAGCCACCACAGAGGGCCCAGAAGAUCAGGGGACAUCAAGAGGGGACACCUGCGGGAGUCACGCUGGGAUGUGGCCUGGCUGGGGCAGACCCAGCCUGGAGGGGCAUUCCCGGCUCUCCCUCCUCUGCCUCGCCAGCUCAUCCAAGAAGGAAGGAGAUGGGGCACGCCAAGAAGUGGCCACAAGGACAUUGCCACUGCUGGGUGCCACGCCACGCCCUGGCAUUGGCGCAGGGUCACAGCAGGUCCCUGCGGAGGGGGACGUGGUGGCGUCACCCAUGGCUGGGGUGGAAAAAGGAGAGGUGGGGCUUCCUCCUCUCAUCCCUCCCCGGUGGAGGAAAGGACCAGCUCCAAAUCUCCAAAUCCUGCUCGCCCCAUCUCCAGGGAGAGGGUGGAAGGUGGUAGACAACAAGACCAACAAGAAGAAUGUAGGUCAUGUCAUUGACUGUUAAAUAGAUAAACUCAGCACGGGCCUUGCAAAGGUCCUCUUGGCCUCAUCCUUUUUUUUUUCCUUUUUAUUUUGGUUCUGUUAUUUGUCCUUGCUUUUGGACUCAGAUUUAUUCCAAGCUGCCCCUCCCUGGAAGGCAGAGAGAGAAAAAGGGAAAGACAGAUCUGCCGCUGUACCUGGAGAUAUUGGUAAACAGAGACGUUGCCUUAGGACAUUGAGACAAACUGACAACAUGAAUAACGUCCACUUGGAAACAAACAGACAAAAAAAAAACAAACAAAAUAAUCUAUUUUUUUCCUUCUUCUUUUCUUUUCUUCAAUAAAAAGAGAACUUGAAACCCGAGAUCUUUCUUUUCUUUGGCUCUUGUCAUUUCGAAUGCCUUUCUGUGCCGUAGGACUGCUCAGGCAUGGGGUGAGGAUGCCACCUGCUGAAGGUGGAAGGCAAGUUGCUCUGUGGAAAUUUUGGGAUGGUGGGAAUACACAGCCCCUUCGCUGCUGGCUUGCAAUGUUUUGUUUUGCUUUAUUCUGUUUGGGUUUUGGUUAUAUUCCCCUCACUGGUUCUUCUCCGCCCUCCCCGCUGCCCAGAGCCAGGAGCAGGUUUGUGGUCCUGCAGGAAGGAAGAGGUGGAGCUGAUCAGGAGAGCAGGACAUUCCUCCUCAUAAAAUGCAGCCUUUUCAUUUCACUAUGAAAAAAAAUAACUAUUUAAAAUUUUUCAUAAUAAAAAAAAGAGGUGUCUGCAUUCCAAAAGUUGUGCAAUAUUUUUAUCAUUAAAAAACGUACCAGUGGCGUUACACACAGACUUUAUUUUUUUGUUAUUAUUUUUGUCAUUCCCAGCACUGUCUGUCUGAUGUUUGGACCAACUCUCCCGGUUUUGGAGGUGGAUGGAGACAAACCUGUGGUUGUGAGUGGCCACAUUGUGCCAGACAGAAGCAAAGCUUGAACAGGGUCUCAAUUAUUACUGUGCUUGGGUCUCCUUUUAAUUAAAAAAUACCAAACCUCACAUUUUUAGUAAAAAAAUGACCAGUCGAUACAAGAUGCAAAGCAGUCAGUGCCCCCAGCUGUGCUUCCCCCAUGGGGAGAUGCUUGAUGUGACAAAUCUCUGCUUUGACUUCCCUUUGGGCCACCUGGGUGAUCUCCAAGGACAGUGGCAUUUACCUUGCCAUUAACCAUAGGAUAUGAA